AUGACCGCGACCGAAGCCCUCCUGCGCGUCCUCUUGCUCCUGCUGGCUUUCGGCCACAGCACCCAUGGGGCUGAAUGCUUCCCGGCCUGCGACCCCCAAAAUGGAUUCUGCGAGGAUGACAAUGUUUGCAGGUGCCAGCCUGGCUGGCAGGGUCCCCUCUGUGACCAAUGUGUGACCUCUCCUGGCUGUGUCAACGGACUCUGCGAGGAGCCCUGGCAGUGCAUUUGCAAGGACGGCUGGGACGGGAAACUGUGCGAUACAGAUGUUCGCGCUUGCAUCUCAAACCCCUGUGCCAACAACGGGACCUGCAUGAACCUCGACAAUGGCCACUACGAAUGCUCCUGCACCCCUGGAUACUCAGGAAAGGACUGUCAGAAAAAGGACGGGCCCUGUGUGAUCAAUGGUUCCCCCUGCCAGCACGGAGGCACCUGCGUGGACGAUGAGGGCCGGGCCUCCUAUGCCUCCUGCCUGUGCCCCCCUGGCUUCUCAGGCAAUUUCUGUGAGAUCGUGGCCAACAGCUGCACCCCCAACCCGUGCGAGAACGACGGUGUCUGCACCGACAUCGGGGGCGACUUCCGCUGCCGAUGCCCAGCUGGCUUCAUUGACAAGACCUGCAGCCGCCCAGUGACCAACUGCGCCAGCAACCCAUGCCAGAACGGGGGCACCUGCCUGCAGCACACCCAGGUGAGCUACGAGUGUCUGUGCAAGCCCGAGUUCACAGGCCCCACCUGUGUCAAGAAGCGUGUGGUGAGCCCCCAGCAGGUCCCCCAUGUGCCCAGUGGCUAUGGGCUGGCCUACCGCGUGACCCCCGGGGUGCACGAGCUGCCAGUGCCGCAGCCCGAGCACCGCAUCCUGAAGGUGUCCAUGAAAGAGCUCAACAAGAGUACCCCUCUCCUCACCGAGGGCCAGGCCAUCUGCUUCACCAUCCUGGGCGUGCUCACCAGUCUGGUGGUGCUGGGCACCGUGGGCAUCGUCUUCCUCAACAAGUGCGAGGCCUGGGUGUCCAACCUGCGCUACAACCACAUGCUGCGCAAGAAGAAGAACCUGCUGCUGCAGUACAACAGCGGGGAGGACCUGGCUGUCAACAUCAUCUUCCCCGAGAAGAUCGACAUGACCACCUUCAGCAAGGAGGCUGGCGAGGACGACAUCUAA